CCCCAUACCCCUGAGCCCUCGCUACAGGAGAGAAGCAGGGCAUGGAGAGGACGUCUCUGAGAUUUCUUCUUUUAGAUCUGUAGAGUCUGAAGAUUUUUCUGAAGACAUUCUUCACAUGCUCGCAUUGGGUUAAACAGUCCCCUCCCCCGCCCCAGGCAGUAGGUGAGGUCUCAGGACAUAAACCUCAUUAUUGCAGACAAAAUUCAGACCCUUAUUUUCCCUGCACAUUUCUGAGUUGGCAGAGUUAGUACAUUUCAUUGACUGUGCUAUAAUUAAAUUGUCAUUGUGACUUGGUGGAAAUGGCCAGGUGAUCAGAGCAACAUUCUUGCAGGUUAACCCUGGGGAAUUAUGUUUUCAGAAGUUCAUGAGUGAACUUUCUCAGCGUGUUCUGUCUGGCCUUGAUGUCUGUUUAUUGCCAGAUAGGGUACUUUCCAGCCGGAGAGGGAUGAUGUGUGAAUUAUUCGUAGUUGCUCAAUGUUGUGCCCUUACUGCCCAGCUGGUAGAGCUCCUGGAGAAAGGAAUGGCUUCUGGCUUGCUGCUGCACGCUGCUGCAAGAGCUCUGAUCCCAGCUUCUCUUGAAUCUGGUUUAUCCAUUCACAGCACAGAUAUUCAUCUAACACUUUGCACCAAGCACUAUAUUGGAUCACUUCCUGUUUUCAAAAUCGUCCUAUUUAGUGGGCAAGAAACACACAGAUGCAAGUGUUUCAUUUCCGCACCAUUGAAACAGAUGCUUCCCCCAAGAGGAAGGGAACAUCUGUCUUGUCACAGAGGGUCCUGGCUCAGGUGACCUUUGUGUCCAGCUCCCUGUCGUGGCAGCCAUGCAAAUGCAUUGCUCAAUUCCCCUGCAGCGGGGCACAUGAUUGAUGGAUGAUGCCAGCUGCUGACACCCACCACUUCGAGGCCACAGGUCCUUCUGGCUGCUCUCAGCCUGUGAUGGGGCCCUGUGGGCUAUGAAGGCAGGUCUAUUCCCCCGAGACAUGAGACCCUUCCAACAGGCAAUGUUGGCCCAAGGACUCUCCAUGAGCUUGGUGGAAUAUGCUGGGGGACUCUGCUGUAGCCUGGGACUCUCCGUACCGAAUUCUUCCUUCCUGCUUCCUUUUUUACAGGUGUUGUACCUACUUUACUGCCCGAAUACUCUGCCCACCUCCUCUUCCUCCCUACCCCCUAUAGUCUUUUGAAAGCCUAAUACCGUUUCAGCCUGUUCUUCUUGUCACUAAAAGAUGUUUUCUUUAGAUGCAUAAGAAUUCUAGAAAUUGUCCCAGAUUCUUCCUUCUCCUUCAGAUUCAAUAUUUAUCUUCCACGUCUAUUUGGCUACUAGAUCCAUUUGGUUGUACUUUGUAAACAUUUCUCUCAAGUGUCCCCCAGUCUCAGUUUCUACCCUUCAAUCCAUCAGAGGGACUGCAGCAGGAUUGUAGCUAAUUUCCUAUUUCCAAUUCUGUCCCUUUCCAGCAAAACCUUUCUAUGUUACUUGGAUGAUGGUCUUCAUACAGUGAAAAGACAUCACAGUACUCCUCUUUUAAAGUCCUGCAAUGCUCUUUAUUGCUUUGGUUAAAGCCCAGACUUCUUAGCUUGGAACACAGAGCCAUUCCUCAUCUGGCCCUUCUUUUCCUAUCUAGAUUCAUCUUCCCAUUUCUUACUUUUCGAAAAGAACCUUGAAGUACUUCAUCAAGCUAAGCCAAGCCAUUCUUUUGCUUUGACUCUUUGCCGUUAAGGUUUCCCUGCAGGGAAGGGUAGGAGCUCCCCUAAAACAAAAACUUCCUUUACAAAAGGAGCCACUGCUUCUAGGAGUGAUUUCGCAGACAUAGCCUCUGGGGUUGAGCCAAGGGACAAACACAUAAAAAGAGCCACCACUUUCAGGGAGGUCAGAGGCAGGGAUCUUCAUGCGGUAUUUACAUUUAGCUGAAGGUCCAAUGCUCAUACAGAGGAAGACAGGAUUUUAACACCUUUCCUAUGUUGACUCUUUCAGAAAUGACUUCUGACAGAACCAGCCUACCCAACUGAUCAUGCUAAUGACACGGUCGCAUCAUAAUUGUAGUCUCCCCGGCUACUGAGAACCCAAAACGUGGUGUGUCACACUCUGAAAGCAGUUGGUUACUGCCCAUAGUGGGUCCCCCCCGCUUGGGGAACAUUUAAUUUAGUAUUUUACUCCAUAUUACUCAUUUUAGCUAAAUGUGGUAUUUGUAAUAUUUCAACUUCAUUGUUUUAGAGCAGUAGUCUAUUUUACCCAUAAUUAAGUGCAAAUAUGUGCUCUGUGACAUGUAUAUUCUUCCCUUUAAUCAGUGCCUUGCUCCUUCCUCUGUGUAACUUAUCUGGGCCUGCCCCUGUCCGUGCCCCUUAGUUUUGUACCAAGAGCUCUUUGUCCAAAGACCAGCUGGGCUUCAGCCCAAGGAGUUCUCCAAGGCUUGUCUUCAUCAUCUGGGUGAAAGGGCCUCAUGAAUUUAUUGUCCCUCCUGGACCGAGUAAUCUUCAUAUUUUACCUCCUUCUUUUCACCUUUUCCUAUUUGCUUUGGUAACAGGACUUUGGAUGCCUUAUGAUGCUGGUUUGGUGAUCUAGACUGGUUCAUGCAGGGUUGUGCCAUGGUUUCACCUGACUGCUACAGUAGACAAGAGAUGCCAGACUCUUGCAUUCACUCGGGGUUUUCAAUAACAUCAUUUGCUCGAAAUAGUGUAUACUUUCUUCCCUGAGCAAUUACAGAGAAAUCGGGCAAUGAGAUGCCUGUGUAUUUGGCCCACAAAACUGUAACUAAAGUGUUACUGUGCAUCUGGUACCAGAGUACUUUGAUUGGCAGUUAAGUGUCUAAGAUGGAAUAACCACGUGUGAGUGAAGCAUAAAUCCAGAUCUAUAAGGAAACGUGAAAUGGUUGGCAGUUCUUUUCCAAGAGAAAGCAGGUUGCAGCAAAUGAGUAUGACCCUAAUCCCUAUAUGUGACUGGGGAGGGAAUGCAGAGUGAGAAUCAUCCCGAGAGGAUGGAAUUAAUUGAAAAAGGCUUUCUCAGGGAGGUGUCAGGUCUUUGAACUUGAUCUGUUAGAUAACUGUCAAUCACUGUAGGUGCUAAGGGAUGAAAGAGGGCUAUCAGCGUAGCCAGAAUGACCCCUGUGGCAUGAGCAGAUCAGAGGGUAGAGAAAAGGUGGGUUCGGGCAACUCAUGGGUGUGUGGAUGGGGGUGGAUGCGACGGGAUGAGGCAUAUUCUGGGGUUGCUGUGAAGAAAAGGCACCUUCUCUGUGCUACAGUGACCGAAACAGUGCUGGUCGGGAACUCUGUCACUUGGGUUUGAUGUCCUUGGAGCUUGCCGAUACUGCCCCUUCAGCUGUCCUUCUCUUGGAGGAGUGGGCUCCCAGGUUUACCCAGGCUGUCUGAAUUAGGCAUUUCUGAGGAAAACAGGACGCCAGUGAAGAGAGAGUAAUGUGAUCCUCAGAAGAUUUGCAUCUCAGUAAAAGCAGCUGGCUCUUAGCCCACUAAUGGCUCAUUUGCCACACUGGGGAAAAGGAAAGAAGGGAAUGUUCCUUCUGGCUGGAUACCGGUGCCUCCUUGUACAUUUCAGUGUUUCUCCUGUUCCCAACAUCAGCACCACAUCCGCUCAACCCGUAAGGAGAGAUGAUGCCGGACAUGCUCUUUGUUGUUAUUGUCUCAGCAACUUUGGAUUUUGUAGGACUCGUUUUGAAUCUGUUUAUUGCAGUCGUCAGUUGCCAGACCAGGGUUAAAAGCCAUCGAAUCUCUUCUUCUGAUAAGAUCCUGUUCAGCUUGGGCAUCACCAGAUGCCUUGCGCUGUCACUGUCUCUCCUGUCCAUCCUCUACCGCUUCGUCUCUCCACGUGUCGGGAGGUCAGUCAGCCUGUUUGGUGUCAUGCUGUGUUGGGUGUUUUUGGACUCCAGCAGUCUCUGGUUUGUGACCCUGCUCAACGUCCUCUACUGUGUGAAGAUUACUAACUUGCAGCACUCAGUUUUUCUCCUGCUGAGGCAAAAUCUCUCCUCAAAGACCCCGAGGCUGCUGGUGGCCUGCGUGCUGGUUUCCGCCCUCACCACGCUUCUGUAUGCCGUGCUCAGACAGACGCUGCGGUUUCCUGAAUAUGUGACCAGGAGGAAUGGCACAGAUUUCAGCGUCAGUGAGCGCAUCUUGUCUUUGGCCAUCUCUUUGUUCUUGAGCUCAUUUCUCCAGUUCCUCAUUAAUGUGACUUCCGCUUCCUUGCUAAUAAACUCCUUGAGGAGACACAUACAGACGAUGCAGAGAAGCGCCAGUGGCUUUUGGAAUCCCCAGACCGAAGCUCACGUGGGCGCUAUGAAGCUGAUGGUCUACUCCCUCCUCCUGUACAUCCCCUACUCCGUGGCUGCCCUGUCCCUCCACCUCCCGUCCUCCGUAGGGAUGAAUCUGGGAACCAGGUCCGUGUGUGUGUUGCUCUCUGCUGUUUACCAUCCAGGACAUUCUGUUCUCAUUAUUGUCACACAUCCUAAACUGAAAACAAAAGCAAAGAAGAUUCUGUGUUUCAACAAGUGGUGGAAUAUCAGUAGGGAAUAAUGGCUGCAGUCACUUUGUAGUUGGGAGCAAGAUUAUUCUCUGUUAGUGGUUUCACCAUCAGUCUGAGGGCUUCCUUUUGUAAUUGCUGAUACGGUCUUAGGCUGCGUAGAAGCCAGAGCAGCAAUUACGUCUGCCUGUAGUUAAUUUUUCAAAGUUUUUGCUAAUAUUUUUAAAUUAGGCACUUUCUAUUAGGAGUUUGUUUGGGGUAUCUUUUAUCAGCUACUGAAGUAUAAUGGGAGUUCCCCCAAAUGAACAAAUACAUUGUAGUUCAUGUGUGUAGUGUUAAGCCCUGACAGUUGUUUAUCUUUUUUCUUUUGUACUUCAAGUUCUUGACUUAAGCUCUUUUCUUCUUUUUUUUUUAAAAUUGAGGUGUCAUUGCUUAUUAGCAUUAUAUAAGUUCCUGGUGUACCAUAUGGCAAUCCGCUGUCCGAUACACUGUAAUGUGCUCAGCACCAAAUGACCAGUUCUCAUCUGUGAGCAAAUAAUUGACCCGCUUUACCCAUUUCAACCUCCCACACCCCCUGCCCUCCGGUAACCACCGUCUGUUGUCUGUACCCAUGAGUUUGUUGUGUUUUGUUUGUUUGUUUGUUUCUUUUUUGUUUU